GUCCCCGUUUCCCAUAGGCACGGUCAUAAAGAACAUGGAGGGAUAGAUAAUGUUUAAUGUGUGCGCCCCUUUUGUUAUUGAUAACGACCGUCAUAAUCACGACUGACCGGUUUAAAAUUUUAAACAAUAAUUAUUGUUACAAAUCGUUGUUUACGACUGUUUUCGAUUAUUGUCCAUUUGUAAGUUACAUGUUACCUACAACUUGGAAUUUAGAACGUUUUCAAUAUUUUUAAUAAUACAAUAAUACACUGUUAAACUCGUAUUUGAAACGAUAAGGCUACAAUCGGAUUGAAGUCAUAUCGUCCUAUUAUAUAUUAUCACGUGCGUUGUGCGCCAAAGCUCGUCGAUCUGUAUUAAUUAUAAAAUAUAAUUAAUACUUUUUAACGUGCAUUCGUUGCCUUUUACUUAGUCCGCGGGCUGUUCACUCAAGAAUCAUGAAUACUUUUGAGAUUACCCAGUCAAUGAACUGGUACAAAUCUAAUGUCAUGACUAUGGACGAUUGUGGAAAGCUAAUUGCAUAUGGCUCAAGAUCUAUCAUUGUAUUAGUUAGUGGUUUGGAUGGUAAAAGCGUCUAUGAUUUACAAUAUAACCGUCUUAGACUGAAUACAAAAUUGGGUUGUGGUCGUAUUGGAGCUGUAUCAUUUUCUCCUAAAACUGAUUUUUUAGAAGAUGCACAUUAUUUGGCUUCUAUAGAUGAAGUUAAUAUUUACAUCUGGAAAGUAAAAAGCAUGGUCUGUGAUCACAUACAUUCAUUUGGAAAUAAAAAAAGUAAGAACAUAACUCUGGUGGAUGUUACAUGGUUGUAUGGAUGUUUAACCGUUGUAGCAUUGUCAGAUGCUGGGACUUUACACAAGUGGGAUAUUCAAGCAUUAACAAUGCGUAAUUAUACGUUAGAUAUUAAAGCAUCACCUUUAACAUUAGCAGCUUGCCCUCACAAAAAGAAUUUAGUUGCUAUAGGAUGUAAAAAUGGUCAUCUAUUUGUCUAUGACCUAACUGGUGAUGGCAAAUUAUUACACAAAUUGCAUUACCAUGAAAGAAAUAUAAAUUCAUUGGCUUGGUGUCCAGUUCCUUAUAGUCCAUUGAAUUCUGAUCAAUCUGUUGAACCUUUAUUACUAGCAUCAAUAGCAUGUGAUAGAACUGGUUUAUGUAUAAGUCGUGCUGGUUUAGAUAUGUUUAAUGAAACUACCAUUGCAUUACCUAUGAGACCAAUGAGAAAAUCUACAUUCAGAAAUAAAAAUAAUUUAAUUUGGAGCUGUGUUAAAUGGAUAAAACCUUCAAUUCUUAUUGUUACAUCUGGUUUUGGAGAAAUUAUAAAAAUAGAACUUAGACCAGAUUUGGUAUGUGGACCAAUAGUGUCUUUGAUUAGUGAUUCCCACAAGGAUAUAAUUUUUUCUAUAGCAUGUCCACGGGAAUCAACCAAUCUUUAUUUAUGGUCAUCGUGCAUGGGUAGAAAAUUAAUUCGAACUCCCUUACUAAGGAGUAAAGAAGAGACCCCCGAAUUACCAUUGGAAGUUCCAACGCUUGGUGGUUUUGUGUAUUGCUUUUCACUAUCCCCAGUUAAUUCAGCUGACUUUGCAUUUGGUCUUGGCGAUGGAAGAAUUUAUUAUUGGAAUGUAUCUAACAAACGUCAAUUAGAACUAAUUACACUGAGUCAGUCCGUAGACUCAAAAGUCUUAUCUUUAGCAUUUCAUCCACAAGAUGAAGGUUUGUUAGCAUAUGCUACAGGUGAUGGACGUGUUGGAGUUUUUAAUUUAACAAAAAAAAGGAAUAAUAAUAAUUUGUUAAAAACUGUACUUGCUAAUCCAAUUUACCGGUUAUGUUGGGCACCAUUUCCAAAUACGAAAAUGGUUAAUGAUGCAAAACUUGCUCUUUAUGCAGUUGGUAAUGGGCAAAUUGUAAUUUAUAAUGACAUGAGUCUUUGGACAGGUAAGUCGUAUUAUGAAUAUAAUAUUAUGAUAUUAAGCUUAUAAAUAAACCUAAAAAAAUGUUGAGAAAAUAAUUAAACUUAACCUGGUUGAGAGAAUGCCAUUCUCCCCCUCCCUAUGUCUUAUCUAUUUUAACAAUUGAAAAAUGCUCAAAACUUGCCUUAAAAUUAAAAUAUCAUAAAUUCAUGAGGCCCUAUUCUUACUUUUUAAUUUAAUAACUUCAAUCAACUUCAA